AUGGCGACUCGGGAACUACAGCCAGCUCGACUCCUUGCACUUCAGGAAGAUGACUGGCAUCCCGAUCGUGAUAACACCCUACGGGUUGGAUCAGGUCAUGUUUACACAUCAGCGAGUGGCAUCAGUAGCGCCGUCGAAGAUGGAGGUGAUUCGCAGCAGCUAGACGAUAUCGCGGAGAAGAGAUUAAGUGGCAAGGGAUCAAAUGAUGUUGACUAUGCUGGCGCUCGCUUUCCUAGCGAGAAUGAUAUCGAACGGCCACACUCUCUGCCCGAAGAUUUUGAUGGAGACCGUCCAGAACCGCUAGGAAAACUUAUUCGACGUCACAUGCUCAUUGCAGCUAGUUCCACGAAAUCACAGUUUCUGCCGCUUAGUGACCUUGAAGCUAUUGUCACCUACCGCAACAUAAGACGAGAGCUCGAGAGGUCAGGAGUCACUUCAGAUCUGGACCGGAUCGCAGACCAAGUCUGGUCCACCAAAAAGCUCUCUAACGGCACGACCACACGACGGAAGAUCUUCGCGAUCUUAUGCCUUAUGGAGAGAGCACAGAACAUCCAGGAUUUCAUUUACGAAGAUGUGUUUGACUCUCACCUUCCAUUUGAAUUUGAGCACAAUCAGAAUCGGGUGCUCCGUAACAACAAAUCACCAGUACCGAUUGAACUUUUCAUCCGAUGGCAAGACAACGAUCGCGACAGCUUUCGUAAUUACCAAGGGGGGUUUUUAGCGCCUUACCUCAAAUUUACGGCAAAGAAGUUGAAGCACUAUACGCUACACCAUUGCAUCGUCUUGCCCUUUUUAGAAAGGGAAACAAAAGGUAAUAUACCUAGUGAUACUGUUGCGACAUACUUUUCUGUCGUCUAUCGUGUAGAGAUACAUUCGGCGCAUCACGACUACCAUUUGAUGCCUCACUUUGCCGUGGACAAUGCUUAUCUCGUUCAGGGAAACUCAUCGAAGGCAUACUUUGCAGUGAAGCAACUCCAGAAGAUCGAGGCAGCCGAGCAUAGCCGUCGAAAAGCAUACGAUCGCGAAGUAGCGGCAUACAAGAGGCUGAAUUUCAUCCAACACAGUCACAUCGUCCGCCUUCUUGCAACAUAUGAGCAUCACGAUAGGUUACACAUGAUCUUUCCUUGGGCAGAUGGUAAUCUUUUCCAGUUUUGGAACGAUCACUUUCCGAACAUAGGUGAUCUUUCCCGAGGCCCAGUUUUGGCGCGGUGGAUGAUCCGCCAAAUCCUCGGGCUGGCCGAAGGUCUCAACUGCAUACACAAAUCUGACACAAGCUCAGCGUCAGGCGAUGUGCUGCCUGAGGAUAAGAAGAGGACACACGGUAGGCAUGGCGAUAUCAAGCCGGAAAACAUAUUGUGGUUUAAGGACACAACAAGAAGGUUCUCCACCGACAAUCUUGGCAAACUCACGAUAUCUGAUCUUGGCUCAACCGAGUUUCAUGGUACGCUUUCGCGAGAAGUGCAGGCAAGUGCUGCAGGUGGAUUUACACCAACGUACAAAUCGCCUGAGUUCGAUGAUAAGAAGCGAGUACAACCCGGGUCUGAUAUUUGGUCCUUUGGCUGUGUUCUCUUCCAGUUUGUCGUUUGGUAUGUGCUCGGCUGGCAGGGUGUGGAUGAGUUCUCUAAGCGACGGAUGAAAGAUUCGAUGCUUUCGCCCCAAUUGGACAACUUCUUUCAUCUCAACGAGAGCACAGGCUCGGCAGAGGUGAAGCAGUCCGUUCGUAAGGAAUUCGCAACGCUCCGGGAACAUCCUAUCGCCAGCGACUUUAUUAUGAACCUUCUGAACCUCAUCGAGUCCGAACUCUUGCUUUUGCACGUUGAUCACCGAGCAAGCUCCGGUGAUACCGUCACCAAACUUGAGACUAUUAAAGCAUCUUGCGUUGGCGACCAGCAAUAUUGCACAGAGAAGACAACCCGAGGGAUACAAACAACCCCCAUCGGACCCUCUGGCAAGGUCGAAAUUCCACUCUCUGACGAGAUGAAGCCAAAGUACGCCAAUGGUUUGGAUCCGAGCGUGUGCCUUGUGUCUUCGGCCAACACUAAGCAAAAUCUUGCAGCGUCAGGAGCUGAAGAAGACAAAAGUGGGACUGAGGAGGGCGAUAGCGAUAUGAGACUUUCAGCGAACGAUUCGGGUGAUCAGGCUAAGAUAAGCAAAGGCUCCGCAGCCGCAGAAGAGCCCCACGCUGGAGCAAGCACACUGGUAGUUCCGCAUGAAGAACCGCAACGACAGCGACGUAAUCGUCUCCAGAAAGUGGCAUAUUGGGUUGAUAAACUUUCCUGCUUUCGAAGUUGA